UCUUUCGACCUAACACUUAAGAACAAGACCAAGAUCACAAGACAGCAAGACAGCAAUACCUGUUCCAUAUUUAUCACAAUUUUGCUGCUUUCCAGCCUGUCUGCGGCACAAUGGGACGAGACAAGAAGGCACAGAGGACCAAAGGGAAUAAACAACCAUCCAGCAGUGGACGGACAGCAGACCUGCUUGGUGGAGUGGGUGGAUUGGUGGGUUUUGGUGGCCUGCAGGACUUGGGAUAUGUGCCGGCCGCCUCGCAGUGCCAGGGUGCUGAUGAGACUGUGGCUGCCAGCCUUAGGGUUGCACUCAGAAAGAUGACGAAGAAAGAUGCUACCACAAAAAUUAAGGCCCUGCAGGAGUUUGAGGCACUGUGCCAGACAGAAAGUCAGGAGGCUGUACUCUCAGCACUGCCCUUCUGGCCCAGACUGUAUGCUAAGCUGUCCAUUGAUGUGGAGAGACGGGUGAGAGAGGGAGUGCAGUCGUGUCACCGUGUCCUGUCAUCAAGAGUAGGCCGCCAGAUGGCUCCUCACCUGAAGGUCAUCAUGCCAGCCUGGGUCACAGCCGUGUGUGACCCCCAUACCCUAGCUGCUGAUGCUGCUGCUAAGGCAUUCCAGGAGGCCUUUCCAAGAGACAAACGCGCAGAAGUCAUCUCGUUUACACUUCAAGAAAUUAUGAGCCAUUUUGUUGACAUGCUGUUUGUCCAGACACCACAAACACUGUCUGACCCAAAGACAACUGCAGUAGAAGACAUGGAAAACAAAUAUAUUCGUAUCUUAUCAUCGUCAUUACAAGCUCUAAGUUGGAUACUGCAAUUAACUACUUCCACCACCACUACUGCCACUGAUGAUGGUGGAGGAGGAGGAAUAAGCAACGGUGGUGGGGGGAAGGAUCAGAGAUGUGGGGAUGCUGCACGGUGUAAGAAAUUGAUGGAAGCCUUGUCGGAAAUUGUUGGAAAUCCUGCUUUCUGGAAAUUUUCAAAACAUAAGAAUUCUGGGGUUCGCCGAGCUUGGUUUGAUUUAAUAAAUGACCUUUUGGUGAUUCAACCUCAAUCCCUGGCUGGGUCACGGGAUGACAUGACCUCCUGUGUGCUGACCUCACUUGACGACUCGUCUGGCAACGUCCUUCCCAGUGUUUGGACGGCUUUCCUGUCUUUGGGAGAGGUCAAUGAGGGCUGGCAAUUGGCUAAGGCAGCAAAGUCAUCCACUAACCGGGUGCUGUCUGUCCUUCGGGAGGGGUGUAGAGGGGCAGGGGGUGUACUGUACAACCUAGUGCCCUCCCUUCUCCCCCUUCUCACCCCCAGUGCUGGAAAAAGAGGAGGAGAGGAAGAGGAGGACAAGAAGUUUUAUAUUAAUUUCUGCCGUGCUUUGUCGAAUGGAAUAGUACGGUUUCCAGGGCGUGGUGGAGGGGGCGGGGCAGGAAUGGGGAUCCAGGCUCUGUUCAAAUGCCUGCAGUUCAUUAUGACUGCUACUACCAUUUCUACUGCUACUGCUACUGAGGACUGUGGUGAUCUGUGGCACACCUUACUUGAGUACCAGGUUGUGGGUCUAUUGGAGGCAUCUUUUAUCUCCACUCCUCCACUUCCCUCUUCCACUCUCUACCCGCAAGUAGCAAAGUUUCUCCGCCUUCUCUCUACACUGGAGGAAAGUCAAAGAGAAGGAAGAAAGAUUAGAGAAGAGAAAGAUGGAGAUGAUGGGGAGAGAGGGGAAGGAAUGGAAGGAAAUUUCUCUUCCUCCUCUCUUCUCUCCAUUUUCUGGGAGAAGUUUUUGAAAAUGUGUGAGGAAAAAAUUUUGAUGGAGGGAAAGGAGGAAGAAAUUGUAGAGAAAGAGAGGAUGGAGAGACUUUCACGUCUUUCCUCCUUCCUUCGCAUCCUGAGAUAUCCAGAUUCUUUCAUUGGUGUGAAAAAAUGUCUCCGAUUUGCUGGAGAGAUAGAAGAGGAGGAGGGGGAAAAUGAAGACGAGAUGGAGAAGAAGGAAGAGGAAGAGAAGAAUGAAUUGAAAGGAAGAAAAAUCAAUGAAGAGGGGAGGAAUGAGAAAAAUAAAUCAAAAGGAAGAAAAAUCAACAAAGAUCAGAAGAGAGAAGAAGAAGAAGAAGAAGAAGAAGAAGAAGAAGACAAGGAAGAAGACGAGAAUGAGGAGGAGAGGAUAUUCAUAAAUGUCACAAAUACUGCCAUGGCACAGUUAGCCUACAGAUGCCACAAUAAACAAGACAAUCAUGGCAUUUAUACCUUCCUGUCAUCUAUAGUGCAAUAUUUCCCUUGUCCUGGGGUUUAUAAAUCUUUCCUCCAGCUGGAACAAACAAAGGAAAUGGAGGAAAGGGAGGUAACAGCCAGGGAGGUAUUGGAGAAAAAAAUCAUGCCAAUCUUAGAGGAAAAAGACGUUUCCUCCAUUUUUUCUCUCCAGUCGACGGUAGAGAUUUUUUCCUCCCUGUAUGGUCAUCUGGAGGAAGCAGAAAGAAGGGAGGUACUUCUCUCCAUGAAGAGCCAUCAUCCACAAACGCUGCUUCUAUUGGUUGAAAAAAUUACAAGACUACACCAGAAGGACAAGGCAGGACAUGAUUGGUUGCUAUCACCUCAGCUGGGAAAUCGAGUGCUCCUAUGGGUUGAGAGGCUUUUUGAACCAGCCAGUGGAGAGAAAGAGCCUUGUUUGACACCUGAAGAAGCAGAAGAGGUCAAGAAAUUGGUCAUGUUUGUGCUGAGAGGUCAUGGAAGAAGAGGUCCAGUGGUUGCCGUGGAAACUGUCUCUGAAAUCCUAAGACUAGUUGGACGGAAAUUGAAAAAGAUUUGCAGCAGAUUGGACGGAGAUGGAGAGGAGAUGUUGGAGUUGGCAGGCUGUGUGGCAGAGAUUAACCCAAUACAUGCGAGCUGGAAAUCAAAAGGUGCUGCAGAAUUCAUCUCAGCACUACUCCAAGCCCUUUGUGAGAGCCAUGACAGUGCUAGGGCUGCAAUUUUUAGAGGCAUUUACCUAAGAGCCAUUCGAGCAAGUGUCACAUGUAAAAACAAUGCCACAGAGGGUGAGAAAGUGUCAGAGAGUGCCAGUCCUUUAGCUGAGGCACUGAGGUGUAUAAGAGAAAAGGUCAUAAGCGGUUCCUGUACAUACAAACUUGCUUCGUUUCUUGCUAGCUUGACCCUUGACCUUCUUGUGUUGAGUCAGCGUGAUGAUGGUGGUGAUGCUGAUGGCAUUAAUAAUGUGAAAACUGGUACUUGCAAUGAAGCAGAGAUUGGCAUUAGCAGGAAUCAAGAUUUGGACACUGAUAGGUCAAAAACUGGUAAUAAAAAUAGUGAAACUGAGAAUAUCAACACUGGUACUGCAAUUUCUGGCACUGUUACUAGCAAUACGGAAGCUAUUGACAUUAACACUUCAAAAUCUGAAACUAAGAGAAAUGAAGCUAUUGGCUCUGAUACUACUAUUUCUGAUAAUGGUGCCUCAAAAACUAGCUCUGAAGCAUUCCAAAUUGACACUGAAACAAACAAAAAUUAUCCUAAAACCUCAAGAAUUAACACUAAUCUCUGUGCCACUCUCCCUGACACUAUCCCAUCAUUGGCGCUAGAUGCCACAAAUGUACAAGCAUUACUAGAACAUGUGAUGCCUGUUGAGGGCCAGUGGUCGGAACUAGAGAGUGCCAUCAGCUCUCUGUAUGUGGCACCAUCGAUCUUCAAGGGUGCCAUGGCAUUUAGAGAGUUUCCCUUCCCUAAACUGAUGGCUCAUGGCACUGUUUGGCACCAUGGACACCACAGGACAGCACUGUUUACCUGCCGUGUUCUGCUAGGCCUGUGUGAAGAUGGGGAAGAGGGGGACGUGUCUUUAGGAAAAUACACGCAUUUGUUUGUACAUGUUUUGCAUUCUGCGUGCUCUGCAAGAGUGAUGCUGGGACACAUGCUGGCUCUGGGCUGCAGGUCUGGCGUCAGUUCGGACAUACAAGAUGGUGUUAGAUUACUUUUGUCCAACUCACAGAGACUUCUUGCCCGCCUUAAUCUGGGAAACAAGCGAUUGAUAGCCAAGCAAACCAGAGACAGAUGCAGUGAAGGCAGCAGCGCGUGGUGUGUGACUCUGAACCAGCUGCUGACUCGAUGGCUGGAGCCACAGGAGAUUAAUGCCACCCGACUUCUGCAGGGACUUGACUCUGAUGCCCUGGGACAUGCAGCCACUAAACAGGUCCUAUUGUCUCUCCUCCCUCAAUCUCAGCUGCAAGAACUGAUGGAGGAGGAAAUUGCAUGUCUCUCCAGUUUGGUAGAGGAACCUUUCUCUGCUCCUCCGUGCCUCUCCAUUCUUUCCUCCAUCCUCUCCCUCCUCCCCUCUGAUACACCGGGAGUUGGAGAGACGCUUUCCUCCAUUUUCACUGUUUUCUUCCAGUGGAGAGAAAAGGCAGAUGGUGUUUUCCUGUUUGCUGAGGACCUGCAUGGCGUAGCAUGGGAGGACCUUGCUGUGACUUGUGCUGUGGUGCGCUGUGUGUCAGUGGCUGUGUCGCACCACGCUGCCCGACUCACAGCAGCAGAGUGGGACCUGGUGCUGUGCUGUCUGUCCUCCUGGGUACAGAGUCUUCAGGAGUCAAUGCAGAGCAUACAAGAGGAGACAGUGGCAGGAACCUUCACCUAUUUCGUCUGCAGUUGUGUCAAGGCUGUCGCUGACCUCAUGAGAAAUUUGGAGGCGCUGCAGAGGUCAGACAAGGGAGCUGGGGGAGGAGCUCAAGGGGACACACAAGCCUCUUCAUCCUCCUCUGUCUCCUCCACCUCCUUGUCAUCUUGUCCACCAAAGUUGUAUGAGGAUUGGAUAGAAUUCUUUGCCCCACCUUUAUUCAAUUCGCUGAUCAGUAUAUUUGUUGGCUUGGCAGGAUCAUACAAACAGACACCCUCCACUCUGCUCCACGGUGUGUGUUCUGCUGUUUGUUCCGCUGUGGUGUUUGCUGGGCCGGUCCACCUCUCUCAGCACUCUCUGUCCCCUCCGCCUCCCCUCCACCGGGAAGAAGAGGAGGAGGAAGAUGAGGAGGAAUUGCAUUUGGCCGAAAGUGAAGAGGCCCUUCUCCGUCACCUGGUUUCCUUGCUGGCUUCACCCCAACCAGCUUGCCAGGGGGCGGCCUAUACUUUGCUACACACAGCCAUGCCAGCUCUCAUUGGCUCCUGGGAUGGCAGACAGCAGCCAAUCACAGAGGAGGGCGAGUUGCCAGUCAGGCCAUUACCUCGCACCCUUAUGUGGAUACUGGGAGAGGUGAAGGAGGGGACAGUCGGGCAGUGGGGGACUGGGGGAGAGUUGCCGCCCCACUCCCCACAGUUCCCAAGCGUGGUUGGUUACAUGUUAGGCUGGAAGUUGACGUUUCAUGCUCUCACCCUGACCUCCGACCCUAACCAGCACCAGUACUGUGCCUUCCUCAGAGAUAAGGGCUACAUUCCAUCACUCCUCGACAAUUUAUUCUCCCUCAUGCCACUUAAGCCAAUGAUUGAAGGAGGUGGUGGUGUUGGUGGUGGCAGUGGUGGUGAUGACAAAACAAAUGGUACCUUCUUCAACACACCUGUAAUUAUCACGCCCACAGCCAUAUCAGCGUCACAGUUCGCACCACACUUGGCCUGCCAGGUUUACUACAGUGCAUUGUCUGGUGUGCCGGCUCUGGUGCGGCAAUGGUUCCUGGGAUUGGAGCGGCCCUGCAUGGUGUGUGUGGACACCUUCACUGCCACCUUUGUGUCCCCAGUCCUUAUCCAGCAGGAGAUGGCAGCCAUUAGUACUUCCUCUGCUGCCCUGGACAAUAUGACUAUCAAAUACCGGCCAGGAGCAAGAGAGGUGGUUGCCAGUUACACAGUGGAUGAGGCACGGAUGGAACUCGUCCUCCGUCUGGCUGCCAACCAUCCACUCGGUACUGUGACGGUGGAGGACCACAAGCGCAUUGGUGUUCCGCUGGCACAGUGGCGGAACUGGCUGUUGGGGUUAACAACAAUGCUGUCCCACCGCAACACUGCACUUCAUCACUCCCUUGCCUUUUGGAAGCAGAAUGUUGAGAAGAAAUUUAAAGGGCUGGAGGAAUGUUACAUCUGCUAUUAUGUCAUACACAGUCAGUCGCACCAGCUCCCCAAACUCCUGUGUAGAACAUGCAAGAAAAAAUUCCACUCUGCGUGUCUGUACAAAUGGUUCAACAGCAGCAACAACUCAACCUGCCCUCUCUGCCGCAGCCUCUUCUAGACAGAUGGAUAGACAGACAAAGAGACAGACAGAUAGACACAGAGAGAUAGACAGACAGACAGAAUACAAAUGUACAGGAGGAUAGAUUCAUACAGAUAGACAAACAAACAUACAGACUCACAAGAUAGACACACACAUACAGAUAGACAUAGAAAAAUAGACACAAACACAUAAACACACAGACAGAUAGUGACAUA